AUGGCUACGCAGUCAGGACAUCUACCCGGCAUUCAAUCAACGCAAGAAAAGGUAGAUGGAAAAUUUUUAACAAAAUGCCUCGUUAACGCUCGUAGUUUGUUGAGUGUUCAUAAGAAAGACGGUAAGCAAACAUGUCACUUGUCUAACUUUCAAGAUCUUGUUUAUUCUGAAGAAGCAGAUCUUGUCUGGGUAACUGAAACAUGGUUGAGGGAUGAUAUUGAAAGUUCUGAAAUUCUUCCGUGGGGCUACACUAUUUACAGAAACGACCGCAAAUCUCACGCUGGUGGAGUUCUACUCGCUGUUAAGUCGUGCUCUUUUUCAACAUCUCGCGAAAUCAAUUUUGACACCGAUCUAGAACUGGUCACGGUUGAGCUAACUUCGAAGUCGAACUCGAAAUAUCUGUUAUGCUGCUGCUACAAGUCCCAACAAAAUGUGAACAGUCAAUGACUGGGAAAAUUUAACAUUUUCCUCAACAAGUCUUGUUCCCAAUAUUCGAACUGCGGCGAUUUUAAUUUCCCGAAGAUCUCCUGGAAAUCUCCAGAACUAACAACAGGUGUUGAUGAAGUCCAAUUCACUGAACAAUUGUAUGAUUACCACCUAACGCAGAUGAAUACAUUUCCGACACGAGGGAAUAAUGUACUUGAUCUUGUCAUUACCAAUGUUCCUAGUCAAGUAGAGAAUGUAUCA